CUCUCCAGUCUCCAGUAAACAGCAGUCAUGGCGACAGUGGUCCAACCGCUCUCUCUGGAUCGAGAUGUUGCCAGGGCUAUCGAGCUGCUGGAGAAGCUGCAGGAGUCGGGGGACGUGCCGGGUCACAAGCUGCAAUCUCUGAAGAAGGUCCUUCAGAGUGAGUUCUGCACGGCCAUCAGAGAGGUGUACCAGUACAUGCAUGAAACCAUCACAGUGAAUGGCUGCCCAGAGUACCAGGCGCGGGCCACAGCUAAGGCAACAGUCGCAGCCUUCGCAGCCAGUGAAGGUCAUUCCCACCCGCGGGUGGUGGAGCUACCGAAGACGGAGGAAGGGCUGGGCUUCAACGUGAUGGGUGGCAAAGAGCAGAACUCACCCAUCUACAUCUCCAGGAUCAUCCCCGGAGGAGUGGCUGAGAGGCACGGCGGGCUAAAGCGAGGGGAUCAGCUCCUCUCCGUCAAUGGAGUGAGUGUGGAGGGCGAGCACCACGAGAAAGCGGUGGAGUUGCUGAAGGCGGCCAAGGACAGUGUGAAGCUGGUGGUCCGCUACACCCCCAAAGUGCUGGAGGAGAUGGAGGCCCGCUUUGAGAAGCUCCGUACAGCCCGGCGACGCCAGCAGCAGCAGAUCCUCAUGCAGCAGCAGCAGCAACAGAACGUGGCCUCGCAGCAGAACCACAUGUCGUAGGUUGUUCCAGAAGAAGAAGUGAAGGAGAGCGUAAAAGGUGGCCUUCAAAGACCAUCUGUUUGCGUUGAGGAUCCCAAAGGAAUCUCUCCGUCGUGGAGGAAACCAACACGUAGAAGAGUCUUUGACUUCCUCCUCCCUUCCAGUGUACCACCGGUUACUGAGCAAAAAACAAAGAGAGCCCUUUGUCCUGAAAUUGGUGCUUUGAAAAACAAGUAUGAGGGAGGCUAGCACUGAAAGUUAACUUUGUACUCCCUUUUAUAAGUUGUUCUCCCUGGUGGUGAGUCUUACUGAAACUCCCUUUUCUUGUGUUUGUUGUUUUGUUUACAGUCAUCCACUUUUGAUUGCUUACCGACAUCCAUUACACCGUGGCACCUUUUGCCAUUUUGCAAUAGAUAUUAUUUGUACAGUGGUGUUUCUAUUGAUUCUUCAACUGGUGCUCGUGUCUCUGUUUGAAUGACCAUCGGUUUCUUUCUUUGUGUCAAACUUGUCCUGUUUUGGAUAAACGUGAACUCUUUUUUACCUUCUAUAUUGUAGCAGGAACGAUUUUCUAUCUUGUAGGUUUAGCAAUAACACACAUUAUUCUGUUUUUACAUUUCACCACUAAAUUCACAAUCGGAUACACGCAUAUAUACAGAGUUUAUGGGAUAGGCGCACAUGUAAGUCGUUGUAAAGCCAACUGGGUCUUAUGAACUGUAAGGCAGCUUCUGUGUCCAAAUAUAUCCUCUGUGCCAUUUAAAGAGAUUAUUGAUUUACAGGUGGCAUGAAUAAUUAAUGUGCAAUAACUGCGAUUAUUAACAGACUUUGUAAGCUACACCCAACUCAGAUUCAUCUAUAAAAUAUAUGAGGUUCAAAUCAAUCCUUAGAAAUGUUAACCGUGUCCUGUUCCCGACAGAAAAACAGAAUGUCACCCGUUUUCAUUUGUGGGAAUUAAAUCAAAAUAAUUGUUCAGACCUGUCUAUUUUAUAGUUUAUGAGAUCAGAGAUGUAUUGCUCCUUUUAAAUAUUAUAAUAUCACAGAUUUAACAUAAAGGUUUAUUGUUCCUUUUAAACAUUAUGUAUUUUUUCUGAGACGUGCAGAAUAUUAUUUAAAGUCUAUUCCUUGUAUAUCAGCUCAACAUUAGCACAUGUAGAUCUGCUCCAUGCGUUUCUGUUCUGACAAUAAUUUUUGAGAAGACAGAGUAGAAUGUUUCCCUUUCUGUGUUCCUCCGUAUCUGUAAGGUAAAUCUGUUUUCAAAACUAGAAUUCAAUUUGUAGUCUGCCACGUUUGUGUUUGCUUUCUCCAUGUGGGUGCUUUUGUGUAUUUGUUUGCACUCCUUUGUUGUUUCUUACACGUCUUGUUUUUGAUGUUUUUUUCUUAAUGUUCUGUAGGUGGCCGAUUUCUUUGUUUGUUCAACCAUGCAGACUCUAACCAAUGUUUCUUCCUCUAUUAACCUUAAACAAAAUCUAAAACUCAUAACUUCCUGUAUUCCAGAUGAUAUUCCCCAUGCUGUAUGAUGAGAACAGUGGAUGAAAAAGCUGCCAUGAAUUUGCAUUUGUUGAACAUUUAGCUGAUUGUUAUUGAGAGAAAGUGACUAUUUUCAUCUUUAAUAUUUUCUAUAAUUUAUCUAAUUGCACAAUUCCAGCAGAGCAAAACCAUUCUACAUGCAUAAUAUCUGCCACAUUGAUAUAUCCUAUACAACCUGUCAACACUAAGGUCACCUAAUGCCAACGUUAUUGUAAUAGGUUACCUCUGGGUUCAGGUUUUAUAGGACAUUCACUCACUAUUAACAUCUUAAUACAACAGACUCCUUUUUCUAUCUUAGAUCACUGGUACUCUUUCUUAAUUGACUUACAUUUUUGAAGCUGAUGGUCCUGUACUGUACGUAAAGAUAAAAAAAAGACAACCAACUGUUAAUAUGCAAUUGUUAUACAUACUAUAUUUGUAUAAAUAAAUCUAUGUGCUUGU